GAGCUGCUGUCCGAGCUUGGCGCGCGGCUUGGUGACUGGAUCUUAGUGUCGCCACGGCCAAAGUCCUUCGCUUCACACGAUCCCUGUUGGCUUCGGCUGGUGGCUUCGUCAGAAGUUCUUCUUUGUCCGCCUCCGGUUUGGCGGAAACGAAGGGAUCUGCCGUUGAUACAUUUGCCAGCACAGAUCAUUGAACUCUUGGGUUCGACCCCAGGUCGUAGUGAAGUGUCUGUCGCGUUUCGAGAAGGCUUGGCGCCCACCGAGUGUUCUCGACUGGUGGUCUCUUCCGUGCCAUCCUUCUUGGGCCAGGAAACUGCCAUGAUGCGUUUUCGCAGCGAAGCUGCCUUGCGAAGCUUCUUUCAUGUGCCUCGAAUACUGAAGCGAGGCGAGGUCUUCAGUGUUCCCGCUGAUGGCUUGCCAGAUGUUCUCUGCGAAGUGGAAGUUCCAGCAGAUCCGACGAAAAGGCCCAGGCCACAGCGCAUGCCUCCCGGCGAGGAGGGCGACGAUGUGUACGAGAUGGCGGCUUGUUCUGGUCGAUCUAGAAGGUUCUUGAUAGACCCCUUGCAUGGCACCGCGUUUUGCGACCUUCUCAGCUUCAAGGUGGAGGUUGUCGAAGGCCGAGAAAGUCAGAGCACAACUGUCCAGGUCGACAGCCGGUCUGCCCAGAUCUUGCUGAAAGGGCAAAGUCAGGCACGUGGCCUGCCAUACUGCCGCUGUCAUUUGUUUUGCCAGGCCCCGCCCCAGCCCCUGCCAUCACUGCAAGGCCCAGCGGAACGUUUGCUUGGGAUGCUGGCACCGUGCGUGCGUGGAUGGGAGCUCGGUGCCAGCUCAGACAUGCCAUCGGUUCUGGUUUCUGGACCACGUGGAUGCGGCAAACGGGUCCUCUGGCACAGCGUGUGUGAACGGCUUGGGUUACACUUAUUCGAGAUGAAUUGCACUGCUCUUGCAGCAGAGGGUCUGGGCUCACUCGAGGCCAGGCUUUCAGAAGCUUUGGCUCAGGCGACAGGGGUGUCGCCGUGCGUUUUGUGCUUGCGCAGGUUGCACGCCCUGUCUAGCUCGGGGGCGACAAUGUCUCCUGCUGCGACCUUGCUUCAGCAGCGUCGCAUUGACGAUUUCCUGCAAAGUGCCCUGCUAAAGGCUCGCACAAGUCCUGCGGCGGGCGGUAAAAGUCCGUUAGUGCUGCUGGCUGGGUCUUGUGAGAGCUUGGAUGAUCUCGGGGGACCCAUUCGGCAGAGCUUCAGUCAAGAGUUGGCCGUGCCUCGGCCAAACGAGGUGGCACGCAAGUUUGCCAUUUCGGAGUUGCUGAAGCGAGUGGACACCACACCAAACUCCGUCGCGGUCAUGAACGGAAUGUCUGAUUCUAGCGAGAAGAACACCGAACCAACGGUCAUCGCAGCCAUGACAAAGCUGACAGCCGGCUUGUCUUACAGUGAUUUGCGGUCCGUAUGUGCCGAGUUGGCGAUGAAGAAGUCAACCCUGAGCCUAGAAGCAACGGCGACGGCCAGCUCUGAGGUCCAACAAGCUGUGGAGCAGGCUGUUAAGCGGUUGCAAGGAGGCUCAAAGGUUGCAGUGACUCUGGCUUCCAAGAUACAGUGGGCCGAUGUUGGUGGUUUGCAAGAUGCAAAGGAGGAGAUCAUGAAUUGCAUCACACUGCCGCUGUCCCAGGGACAAAUGUUCGAAGGUCAGAAGGUUCGAAGCGGUGUUCUGCUUUUCGGACCUCCAGGUACUGGCAAGACCUUGUUGGCAAAGGCAGUUGCAACGGAGUGCAAGGUUCACUUCUUGUCUGUCAAGGGGCCCGAACUACUGUCCAUGUACAUCGGUGAAAGUGAGAAGAAUGUCAGGUCCUUGUUUCAAAGUGCAAGAGACUUGGCCCCUUGCGUCUUGUUCUUCGACGAGCUCGACUCCUUGGCUCCUGCACGUGGUCGUGGAAGCGAUUCUGGUGGAGUCAUGGACCGGGUGGUGUCGCAGUUAGUGACGGAGCUAGAUACCAUGCCGUCCACAGUCUUCAUGGUCGGAGCUACCAACAGACCGGACUUGCUGGAUCGGUCGCUGUUGCGUCCGGGACGUUUGGACCGGAUGGUGUACCUAGGUGUCGCAGCUGACAAACUCCCCCUGCUGUCUGCCAUCACACGGAAGUUUGUGCUGGAAGCAGCCACCCCGGCGAACGGGGCUAAACGUGCAUCGAAUCUCCUUGCAGCAGUUGCGGAGGCUUGGCCUCCAAACCUCACCGGCGCAGAUGUUUCUGUCUUAUGUGCCGAUGCGUACGGAAUCGCACAGCGUGAGCACAUCUCCAAACUCCACGAAGCUGCUGAUUUGCUGCAGACUCCGAUCAGCACUUUCUUGCUUUUUCUGGAUGCAUUGGAGCUUCAUCUCACCGGGGCUUUGCCCGGCCCUCGCACUUACGACGCCUUUUGGAAGCUGAGCGCAUCACAUGGGAUCGCGCUGGUGCAGCUGUUCCCGGCUGUGUCAGACGAGGCAGAGCCCCAACGUGCAUCGGCCUUGCAGUUGUACGGUGCAGAGGCUCAGGAAUCCUUCGUUAUUGCGCAUGUCUCUGGUAGCCCUGGACCUGGACGAGGUUUUGCCAUUGCCUGCUGCUCCGAAGAAAAUUUCGACGACCUGUCUCGCCGAUGGCUCUCCCACGCUCGUCCGCAGGGAAGCGAUGCCUCAACAUUGAAGAUGUUGUCUGGUUUCGACUUGCUGCAUCCGCUGCAAGUCCGGGUGGGAUUAAGGCACUUCCAGCAGGCGCUUUCGAACCUUCAACCUUCCGUGCCCUUGGAAGACCUGCAGCGCUACGAGCAGCUGCGGGCAGAGUAUCAGAACACCAAGGGCUGA